GUCGGUCUCAGGCUUCGUGCCAUCUAUCGUACUCGUCCAUGUCCGUUUUGUCGCUCAUCCCCCACCUAGACGUCAAUCCAGACGCAUACACGCCGGCCACGCCCGCUCAGUCGUAUUCUCCAGCACUCGUGGGAUGCAUGAUUUCAUGGGCAAUGUACGGGGCGUCGGCUGGGCAGUGUUGGUACUACGGGCGGUCUUACCCUCAUGAUCGAUUAUGGUACAAAGUACUGGUGUACGGAUUAUUUUUGAUGGAUUCUGCGCUUACUGCCCUAUCGUCGUACCUCGAGUGGCGCGUUCUGAUCAUGUGUCGGCGUAAGACGUCUCUAGAGUGCGCGACUGUGAUACCUGGGGAAUCACUUGGUGUUUUUCUUAUCACAGCGUCCAUCGUAUUCAUAGUCCAAGCAGUCUAUGCAUAUCGCAUAUGGAUAAUUACAGGGAGGAGCUGGAUGAUUACGGCUGCUGUGCUUGUGUCGGCAAUCAUUGGCCUUGCCGUGAGCCUUGCUAACGAUUCUUACGUGGCGAUACAACAGACAAUUAGUCCACAUCAGGCGAUGGUCAUUGUCGUCGCGGUAUCAUGCAUGCUUUGUGAUGCCCUCAUCUCGGUAUCCGUAUUUUACUACCUUCACCCUAAACGGUCUGGCGUGAUGCGGACAAAUCCGCGCAUCUACUAUAUCAGUACCAUCACAAUGAACAUGGGCCUAUUGAAUUUCUUUCUCUCAAUCUGUAUUGUCAUCUUUUCCACCGUUCCCGCGCUAGAGCUCUAUGUUUCUACGCCACUCGCCAUCAUCCCUAAAUCGUACAUCAACUCUGCAUACGCGGUGCUCAACGCCAGAAAGGCUAGACAUCCCAAGGCCCGGAACUUUCGGCAAUCUACUAUCGAGGUUCCCCCGUUACCCACCAUCCACGUCACCACCUGCCCAAGGAUGUCUUCGAGUUUGAAGGAUUCUCCGCAGACGGUGUAAUCUGCCACGAAUUUCAUGCAUGCUACCAUCACGGACUGAUAUACC